CAGCGAUUUCGUUUAAUAAGAACACACUAUCUGUUGUCCUCAUUCUUCCCUCCACCGCUCCACCAAGAGUAUACUGAGGCUGAAGCAGCAGCCCAGGCUCCACCCACAGCUCCAGUCACUCUACCUGUGGCCUCAGAAACAAUUCUCUGUGUCUGUUGUACAACAACCUCACCAGAGGGAACGCUCAAACCAUAGUCACUCAUUCGAGCCACCAGCCUCCUACGAACGUCACCCAGGGAGAUAUCUCCCUCGCAGGGAUGACGGGGGUCUACCCUCAUUAUCCCGCCUCUCUCCCGUUUCUGCCAGGCUUCAAAGACUUCUCCAUUCUGCCACACUGCGGCAAAAUGGCGCCCAAAUUCCUCCAUUGAAAUAGAGUCACCGUUUUCACCAGUGGCCAACAGAGAGAGGAGAUAAAUCUUGAACUGUGCUUUUACCCAUUCGCUGCUCCCGGGGAAAGUCGUGGGUUCGUCUGGUCCAGAGAGUUCACCGACAGUUUCAGCUACCAGGCUGCAAAAUCUGAGGUCUGCAGAAGUGAGGUGUAAUUGAGAUCUCGUGUGGGGAUCUUGGAAAUGCACGGAGCCUUGGUCGACGUCGACAAACACGUCACACAGACGUUUCUGCUGCUUUUCAAACAGGGGGUUGACCACACCAGCCAGUCUGAGAGAGGUCGAAGGGUCAGUGAGUGACUCCAGCUGUUGAAGACAAACAUACGGUGGAAACGAGGACGGAGUUUCAAACACAGUUAGAGGGAGCCCGUGCCUGUCUGGAAGUAGUUCUGGGUCACAGUGUAGCUCAAGAGAGAGUGGGAAAAGGGCCGCGAUGGACAAAACGAAACUGCCGACUUUUUCCGCAGGGGAACCAAAAACGACCACUCUCUUUUGGAGUAGCAGAGCUUUGACGACCUGGAGGAGGCGAUGUUGCAAGAGAAGUACUAGUUUUCUCUGUGAGAGACCGAGGUGGAGUGCACGGAGGGAAGACCCCAUCGAUACCUGCGCGUUCAUACUGUCGUAGGCCUCGUGGAGAAUCGAAACAUCAGAAAAGUCCUUCACGUUGAAGUAGGCGUGGGUGAUGAGUUCCAGCUUUGACUGGAGGAAGUUGUAGGCCGGGUAGCGAGAGAGGAUGCAUACACUCUUCUGCACGGUUGACCUCGUGACCUCUUGCUCCACCGCGUGGAGUUGCUGGGUGGGGAUCUGGCGGCAGCAGGCCACUCCGUGCACACAGCCAGUGGGAGAUGAGGCACUAGGGAGCGUGAAGUACACAGAGUCCUUCUCAUAGUUGUGUGAGCCGUCUGGAAGGGCCAGGUGGGGUAGGUGGCGCCACUCCGCUGGAAGACUGGAGGUUAGACUCUGGAUCACGUGAUCAGGUUCCUGUUCUUGCUGCCGUAACGGUGGAUAGACGAAUUCGACGGUGGAGCCUUUCUGGUGAUGAAAGCCUACAACUAGGAUGUGUAAUAUCCCGGCUUCAGAGUCCUUCUCCUGGCUCCCGGAUGCCAUUUUCCUCCGCGUCGCGCGAGCUAAACCACGCCUUCUCGAGACGCACGCAUGCGCACAAGUCCAAAAAUGUCGGCAACUACGUCGUCGCAGCGCUCCUCUCUUUCUGGGCGUCGACGUGGGCACGGGGAGCGCAAGAGCAGCUCUGUUCACGGAGGAAGGUGCGAGACUGACUAUCGCCCGCAGGAAUAUCGAAAAAUGGUCCAACCCCGAAUUUCCGGGGGGCUCCUGGGAUCAAUCAACGGAAGACAUGUGUGCGGCCGUGCAGGAGGUGUGUGGAGGAGGUUAUGGAAGAAGAGUGGCUGGUGUGGGAUUCACGGCGACAUGCUCUCUGGUAGCCGUUGAUCCUCAGGGACUGCCUGUGACUGUCAGCCCCACGAGAGAUCCUCAAAGGAAUGUGGUUCUCUGGCAAGACCAUCGUGCAGCGACCGAGACAGAGGAAAUAAAUUCCCUCCAUCACCACCCCGUCCUCCGCUGUGUGGGCGGGGCCCUCUCGCCUGAGAUGCAACCCCCAAAGCUCCUCUGGCUCAAACGACAUUCUCCAUGACGACUGCUGGGAGAAGGCGGGGCAUUUCUUUGACCUGGCGGACUACCUGUCGUUCAGAGCAACUGGAGUCCCCACAAGGCAGUGCAGUGUGUACGAAGAGAUUGAGCAAACACUCCACACGCUGUCCCUCCAUCUCUGCCACCCUUCCCUUCUCACCUCACAUCUGCACGUCGUUCCCGAUUUCCAUGGCAACCGUUGUCCUUUCGCUGACCCCACCAUACUAGGAAUGCUUGGCACGCGACAUAUAAUUGAAGAGAUGAACACAAAUCGUCACACGGUCCAAGUUAUUUUCAUCUGCGGCGGAUUAAGACACAACAAGACCUACGUGCAGGCCACCUCUGAUGCCACAGAAACAAUUUCGAUCGUGUGUACUCUUAAGUACGGCCAGUUUUGGUUUCUGGUGGGGCAUGUCUUUGAAAAGGGGUCCGCACCCAAUGUGCCGCGGCAGUUAGGAUGGGACUUGGUGUCAGUGGUUAUGAGCUCUGGGGACAGUAGGACUGUUGAACCGACCUCUGACCCAGCAGUAAGACUGUUUUAUGCCCAAAAGUACAGAGUUUUUCGUGAGAUGUACAAAGAUCAACAAAGUAUAAAACUUUGAUAGAGUAAUAGUGCGGACAUUUAUUUAUGGUUUCACAGGCGCGUAUUGUGUAUACUGGGAACGUCUAUUUGCGUCACAGUUGUAGUUGCCCGGAAGUGGAACUGGUAUUGUCGCCUAUUAUAGCGCUAACGACCUGCGUUGUGACGUAGUAGAGCAGCGCGCACGAGCGCGAGGUAUAAAAGUGGGGCGGCAACGCCUCGGCGAACACCGUUACUCCCCUGAGCUUGAAAGAUAGUCAAAGCUAAAGCUAGAGGUUCUAGCUGUAUACUAGAGCUUGCCCACGUCUUAGGCGUAUAAUCGUCCAUCGAAACAUAGUCACCCCUCUCCCCGAAGUAGUUGUGUGCGCCAGGUGAAGAUGAUCUCACACGAAGCCGCCGGAAGCUUCUACGACGACUUCCAUAAACCGCCGGGUUACCUGCCACUCAAGCCGGAGGAGGACCACAACCAGCGCCUGAUAACGCCGGACACUCGUCACCUCUCUACACCAGCCGUGGAUCUCCUUGUCGCAGCUACAACUAGCCCUAGCAACUUCUACCCGCCCAGGAGCGUCUCGCGAGGAGAACCAGCGAUCCCCACCGUCGAACAGCAAAUGUAUGCGCAACCGUUCAUCGAGGCCUUCAACCAGCGGAUUCGCCAGGACACGUCGUCGCCGGCAGGCUCGGACAUGCAGUGCCACAGUCCGCCCAACAUCACUCACCACUCCUUCGUCACCACGGCUCCGGCUCCCAAUCCGAGCCUUGCGUCCACCGCACCGACGUACGUGACGGCGACAAUGUCCGAUAUAAACAGCCUCAUUCCUCCCUCCGAAGCCAGCAUAUCAUUCUCAGUGUCCAGCACCCACGACCCGAGCUCGUUCUCCAGCCCUACAUGCCCAUCCCCACCUACAACCACUCCCACAGUGCAGCUCCUGAUGCCUACCCUGCUCUGCUACCAGGGUUUAAUGUCAUCGCACAGGCCGCACCGACUGGUCAGGGAGCUCUCCAAUCACAGGGUUUCCCCUCAGACCCACAGGCGUCCAUGUCGCAGGAGAUGCUCCGUCAAAUUGUCCCCGCAGACAUGA